AUGACUACUCACAACUAUGUGCAUCUAUCGAGUAAACGAUCUGAGUGGGCCAGAAAGAAGCUGGGCGAGUUGGCUCCGAGAAUGAUCAGAAUGUAUGGAGCAUCGCAUGAAUGUAUGGACUACCCAAUCCCAGGUAAGAUGUACUCCUCCAAGUCCAGAAAUACAGCAAACAGACCGGACGAGAUCCUGCAUGACAUUGCUUUGCACCAUUUGAUUCGACAAGAGGGAAAGCCGUACGCUGUUGAGAUUAAGGAAUUCGACAAGUACUUUCAACAGAAUCCACGCCUAUGCGACUUCAUUUCUGCUCAGUUUUAUAACAACAAACUUCAGACUGCGCCAUCAUCGGCAUGGAUUGAGCCGAAUCCUCUGCGAAUAUGGAAAUUCCAAGACAUUCCACACAUCUUCUGUCAUGUCGAGGGCAUGGAAGAUUAUCUGACGGUCUCAACUGAGGAGGGGAAUGAUCAAUCCUGCAGCAAUAAGGCGGAAGUUAAAAAAGUGGUGGAAGUUUUCAAACACAUAGUGUCCAAAGAGGGUGUGAAUCCGCGGUCCGUCAACAUUAUAUCACAGUAUAACGCCCAGUGUCACGCCAUUAAGACGGCGCUACUGGAGUCCAAGUUCAUCAACAGUAACGUCCAUACUGUCGUUGCCAGCCAGGGUGGAGAAUGGGACUAUGUGAUUUUCAGUACCGUCAGAUCCUUGCCCGACUACAGAAUUGAACCCAAUCCAACACAUGGCUGGUGUAAACAAAACCUCGGUUUCAUCACUGACGAGCCCCAGAUAAACGUGGCGCUUUCAAGGGCUCGUAAAGGCCUCGUCAUCAUAGGGAACAGGCAUCUAUUGAAUUGCGAUGCUGUUUGGAAAAGCCUGCUAGAGUUAUACUGGAGGAGAAGCUGUGUCGUAGACGCCAAGGAUUUCCCACCACAUCUAAAGCGUCCUAGAAAAAAAGAGGAACUUGGCCGACGCCUCGGGAAUUUCGUCUGAAGAGUUCUACAAGGACACGGACAAGGAGGAACGUACACAAGCCUACAAAUGAAAGGAAGUUACGAAUAUCUUAGGAAUUCUGGAGAGAAAAAAAAACAUUAAGAAAAAGUGACGUGCAUCUGGGGAUCUCUAUGUAGACAUUGAUAGGAAGUGGCGUAUAACUGAAUAAUUCUGUAAAGACACUGAGGAAAAAGUGACGUGUAUCUGGAAAUUCUAUAAAUACACUGACAGGAAGUGAGUUAUAUCUAAGAAUUCUGUAAAGAUACUUAGAAACAGUGACGUGUAUCUUGAGAAUUCUAUAAUGACAUUGACAGGAAGUGACGUAUA